CAACUACUCACCACAACACACAUUACGGCGCAAAGAGAUGUCUAGAUGGCAGACUUGUACCCUUCGAUAGCACAAUGUGCGGUAGUAGCAACCGCUUUUAAACUGCUACUAUUGCCAGCUUAGUUCGUCUUUUCCCAUGUUUCCCAGGAGCCGCCCCACUGAUAGCAUCACAGCAAGUCUACCGACUUCGAAGUUCAUAGGAAUUGGCUGGCCAUUACCAAUAGUCUACCAGUACAGGAAUGGUACUAUGAAAAGACUUCACAAUGGACUCUCGACUACCCCCCAUUCUUCGCAUAUUUCGAAUGGAUUCUGUCGCAAGGCGCAAAGCUGGCGGACCCAGAAAUGCUGAAGGUGUUCAAUUUGGGAUAUGAUAGUUGGCAGACGAUAUACUUCCAAAGAGCGAGCGUUAUACUUACGGAGCUGGUUUUGGUCUUCGCGCUUUACCUCUUCGUUCAAUCAUCCCCGCCAGAUUCGAAAAGAGCAUCCCACGCUGCUGCGCUCUCGAUCCUUCUGUCUCCUGGACUCUUGAUCAUUGACCAUAUACAUUUCCAAUACAAUGGUUUCAUGUAUGGCCUCAUGAUUCUCUCCCUGGUAUUGGCCAGGAAGAAGUCAACCACUUUGGCUAGCGGACUACUUUUCGCAACUCUACUCUGCCUAAAGCACAUCUACCUCUACUUGGCCCCAGCAUAUUUCGUCUAUCUACUGCGAGCAUACUGUCUGGGACCAAAGUCAAUCUUCCACAUCAAGUUUGGAAACUCAUUGAAGCUUGGGACAGGGAUAAUUGCUAUUUUUGGUGCCGCAUUUGGGCCAUUCGCAUAUUGGGGCCAAAUUUCGCAGUUAUUGAGCAGAUUGUUUCCAUUCUCUAGAGGACUGUGUCAUGCAUACUGGGCUCCGAAUGUUUGGGCGAUUUACUCCUUUACCGAUCGGAUCUUGAUCUAUGCUGCCCCGUACCUCAAACUGUCCGUCAACCAAGACGCCAUCAACAGCGUAACCCGCGGCCUCGUAGGCGACUCCUCCUUCGCUGUCCUCCCCGAGAUCACUGCACGCAUGACAUUCGUCCUAACCCUAAUCUUCCAAAUCAUCCCCCUGAUCAAGCUCUUCUUUGACCCAACCUGGGACACCUUCAUCGGCGCCGUCACUCUCUGUGGCUACGCAUCUUUCCUUUUCGGCUGGCACGUCCACGAAAAAGCCAUCCUUCUCGUCAUCAUUCCAUUCUCCCUCAUUGCGCUCAAGGAUCGCCGGUACCUCGGGGCUUUCCGCCCUCUUGCUGUUGCGGGUCAUGUCUCGCUCUUCCCACUUCUUUUCACGGCUGCGGAGUUCCCGAUCAAGACCGUUUAUACUAUCUUCUGGCUUGUGCUCUUCUUACUUGCAUUUGAUAGAUUGGCGCCAGCGAGUAAUAAGCCAAGAUUCUUCCUUCUGGAUCGCUUCAGCUUGGUAUAUAUCGCUGUCAGCAUCCCGCUGAUCGCGUACUGCAGUCUGUUGCAUGGCAUUAUAUGGGGUGAGAAAUUGGAGUUUUUACCCUUGAUGUUCAUGAGUAGCUACUCGGCUGUGGGUGUUGUGGGGAGCUGGCUUGGGUUCUUGGUUGUGUUUUUCACGAGCUAGGUGAAGCAUUAAAGAUGUCAGGAAAUAGAGACAAGAGAAUGAUACCCUUCAUUUGUUCAGUAACCAUGUCCCCCUUUCUUAACGACUCUUGCGAUCAGUUGACUGUGUACCACUAGUGUACAAAACAAAAUCAACUUAUCUUCCUGGAUUCCAGAUUUAAGGUACCCAUGAUCGUAUGUGAACAACAUCCAGCCUCUCAUGGCAUAUAUCACGCUCUAACAUGGCGCCUCACGGCGCAUGAUCAUCUACAACCUCCAAUCUUGACACGAGGCACAGAGCCUCUAAGCCAGCAUCUAUCUUCGAGACAAACUCAUUUCUCCUUUGCACUCUCAUCCAUUCUAGUCUGGUAUGGCGUCAGCGACUACAUAUAUUGUACAUCUCCAACAUCCAUCACCAUAUGAACUUUUACUGUCCCCUCUUAACUCCAUACCUCCCUAUCCAAUGUCAGAGUUCUCUCUACGGUGUCCUUAUCCCAAUAUAAUUGCUCUGUACGUAUCCUUCAUUGGCCCACCGGUUGGUGAGGGGCGCAGCAACCAACCUAUGGAUAUUGCUGGCCAACCGAUUAUCGAAUCAAAAUCGUGCAUGGAGUAGGUGCAGCUUGAUGUGUUGGCAACAAAAUCUCGAUAAGAAGAUGCCUCAUGGGAAGGGAGCAUUAUCUAGGCAGUCCUAGUAUCAACAUUAUACUACUUUCUCACUACUUGAAAAUCACCCUCCUCACACUGAUAACGUUGGCUAUUUACUCAUCUCCGAUUUCUCGAGACCCUAGCAGUCAGUUAAACUCUACAGACUGCUACGAAGAUAACGGCAAAUCUGAGACAUCCGAAAGUUAUGUGUGAGGAACUCAUUUUUCGAACCAGACAUCGCUGUGGUCAUGUGAUUGAUCAAGCUGGCACCUUGCAGGAGUACGAGAAUUGCGGACACUGUGGAACGAUGAUGCAUACUUCUUAUCUUGGGCAGACAACAAAGAAGAACCCGUGUGCAGAUUGCGUUGAAGAUGGACUUUGGGUCAAGCUUGAUGGUGUUUGGAAAUCGGCUUAGCGCCGAAUAAGCCCCUUACUUCUACAUUUCUCACCAACCGACGGUACAAUUGUAACCACACACC